AGAAAAGAUGGGAAAAUAGCGGAAAAUUAGAACUACUAAAAAAUAACACGAUUUAUUCCAGUUUUCACUUCAGCUCCUGUGCCGCCUUCUUCCGCCCACCGGAACUCCGUCUGAAACAAACUCUGACAUUGUUAGUUUCUGAAGUUCUACGAAAGCACGCCAUUGAAGAAGGGUAAAAGUGGAAGUAAGAUGAAGUACCGGUACGCUAUGGUUUGUUCCUCCAAUCAGAAUCGGAGUAUGGAAUCUCACGCCCUGCUCAAAAGAGAGGGCUUCGAUGUCUCCUCGUACGGCACUGGUCAGCACGUUAAGCUCCCUGGUCCUUCUCUUAGAGAACCAAAUGUAUACGACUUCGGCACCCCUUACAAACAGAUGUUCGAGGAGCUUCGCCGGAAAGACCCGGAAUUGUAUAAGAGGAAUGGGAUAUUGCCAAUGCUUAAGAGGAACUUGGGUGUGAAAACUGCACCUCAACGGUGGCAAGAAAAUGCGGCUGAUGGUUCAUUCGACAUUGUGCUCACAUUUGAGGAAAAAGUUUUUGACAUGGUCCUUGAAGAUCUCCAUAAUAGAAGACAUGCCUUUAUGCGACCUGUUUUAGUGAUCAAUCUGGAAGUAAAGGAUAAUCAUGAGGAGGCAGCAGUUGGGGCAAGGCAAGCUCUACUGUUAUGCCAGGAUGUAAGAUUCUGCAACUACGGUUACCUUUUACUGUUUGGAGGACCUUUUUUGUGUUACUUCAAAAUGAGCUAUUCCUGAUUGGUUCGCUCUCUGUAUAUGAUAUGUGAGAAACAUUUAACUUUGACAACCUACCACCAUCCAUUGUUGUGAUUAAGUGCAGCAUGCGAUUUUCUUGAAACUGUGUGUUGUCAUCUAUUUUGCUGGAGUCACCUUUAACUUUCUCACCAAUUACAAAGUGAUAAGGGAAGCCUAAGAUGUCUAGAACUCUGGCACAUGCUUUUCUAAUCUUCCCUGUAUCCCUUUCUUUUUUUUCCUCAUUAUUAUUAUGGUGACUACGAGUAAAACUAGUUGCUUUUUGUUUCAUUUCCUGUACAUUUUCUUAUUUUGUUGCUCAUAACUGUUAUGAAGCUUCAAUGAAGUUAUGAUCCUCUCUACUCGGUGGAUUGGGGUUGGUUAAGGGGUAAUGUUGUGAUCAGUGCUUCAAAUAUUUUGAGCGCAAGACCCUGAAGUUGGAAGCUACCCGUUUUUAGCUUUAUACUUCUCCAUUAUCUCUGUCCCCUGAACAUAUACACGCUUUUGAACAUUCACGCUUUUGAACAGUUUUGAUAAUAUAAUUACUAUUUGCAUUGGAAGACUUGAUUUAGGCUACCAUUUACAAAACAAAUAGAAGACAGACUUGCACUCUACCCUGUCUAUGCCUCUUAAUGAUAUCUAACUUUCUUUGCUUGACUAUUUCUUAUACCAGUGUAAAGGUCACUGGUUUCUUGAAUUAAGUUUAUACUGCAUACCAAGCUCUACAAAUUGAAGUUCUAUGUUUGAUUCAUGCUCCUGAUUGUGUUGCACACUUGUAUUUGGAAUAAUCUGGAUAUCAGGCAUUAAGGUUAAUGCCAUAAAUUUUAUAUUGUGAUUACUGUAUGAGUUUAUGAAAGAUUCUAAAUUUGUAGAGCUAGUUUCUGUAAUCUGUCGAAUCUUGUCACUUUUUAGGCGCCUACAAUUUGUUUUCAUCCGGUGGUUUAGUUUUUUCUUCCUCUGUGGCAAUUUGUUAUCAUUGAUCCUACACUAUGUCAAUGUACACAUUUAUAGCAGUGGUAUAAGUAGUGAUGUGUUGGUUCUGUUUGUGUGUUUACAAGUUGGUAGUAGUUGCUGUUUGAACUUGGUUUUUACUUUCGUGCACCUAUCUAUUGUUAGCUGGAAGCUGCUGAAUCAUGGGAGGAAUCAGUUGAUGACAUUAUCUCUAACUUCGAGAGACACCACCGCCGGAAGCUUUUGUACAGCGUGUCCUAUUAUUAAUAGUGCUGCCUUUUCGUCAAGUGGAUUCCUCCACUGUCUUACUGAAGCUUGGAUCUCUCUAUCAUACUGCUCAGUGCUUAUGGAGUUUUGCAGAACUUGUAAAUGUGGGGGCUAAGCUAGAAAUCUGCUCAAGUCCAGGUAGUCUGCCAGAAUCAGAGGAUCUGUCAUAUGGCUGAUAGAACAAAGCCAACUCCCUUCCCAUCCCCUUCAAUUCAUUUUUCUUGUGAACCAUUUGGUUUAUAAUGGCAGGCUCUUCUUACUGACACAUUGCUCAUCAUUGAUUGGGGAGGGGGGAAUCAUUUUGCAUUUGAGAUUCAGACUCUUGACUUGUAUUGAGUUAUGCAAACUAUUGUAGGAUUUGGAACUAGUUUUUAGGUCAGGUAUGAUGUGUUUGCAACAUGGCUGGUCUUGGGGGACCCGAUACCGGUGAUGAUAUAGUGCCAUGUUCGAGAGGGGGUCAGUCCAAUUUUUAUUAGUCGGAAAAAGAAUACUUUAGUUUGGAAACUCUCAAAAGAGUAAUAUUGCAAUGAUCAUUUCAGUGGUGUAUUGGCUUGUAGUAAAUUAAUUAUUGAUGACUCAAGAUUGGUAAAAAUGCUUGAGCAGAACGUUUGCCUUUGCUUGAAC